AUGUACAUGAAAUGGUUUGAUACAGUAAUGUUUUACUAUGUGAUUUUAGUGAAUGUCACUUUUUGUCACUUUCAAAUUUCCCACCGGUUCCAGCCCCCGUACGUCCCGACGUCGCAGGGGUCGGAAACCCAGAAGACAGAUGCCGGCAUCUGCCGGAUUACAUUGCCGGGGACACUGCAGGAGGGACAUCGCAGGACAAGGUAAGAGAAGAACAGAUCCCAGAGCAGCGCCACGUGGUAAGCCCGAGUGUAGCUCGGGGUUACUGCUUGUGCUACACUCGGGAAUACCGCCAGGGAGGUUA